CCUGUGUGGAAUUUGAAGAGAGGCAGUGUGCUGGGGAGAGAGGCUGCUUAUUUCUCUGCAUCUGCUGGACCAGGAGAAACACCUUUAAAGCGAUAUUCCGAAACCAUGCUUUACAUUUGGCCUCUGCUUUUUAUGUUCAUGUUGAAUGGACCAGGAGGACUAGUUGCUGCAGAUCCUGUCACAGAUCGCGAGACAAUUUCAGAACAAAGUGACUGGUGUGAUGAUCACAAUACAAUUCAUAGACGGUUAGAUACUAUCCAGGAGCAGGUAGAAAAAACAGUUGACCACCUGGACUCUGAAGUCAAAUCAUUGCUGAAUACUAUCAGUGAAACAGCAUGGGCUGUUCCCCUUGCGCGGGGAACUCCCCUGGUGGAUCUCUUUGAAGAUCCCAGCUGAACUCAAGAAGAUGGAUGAGAAGCACGCUUGCAAACCUGUGUGUCAUCCAUCUAAAUAAUUUACCUUGUUCGCACUUUGUAUUUUUAAAGCCAAACUCAUGUAUUUAGUCUUGAAAUGGACAGUGCUUCACAGCAAGUUCUUCAUGAUCAAUACAAAAUAUAAAAUAUGAAGGUAAAAUUAAUGUUGGCCCUCAUGAAGAUUUUGUCAUGUAUUUACACACGACACACAAUAUUGGCAGGUGUCAUUCUAGAAAGCCAAAAUAACUUUUUUUCAAAUGUGUUAGCAGCCUUAGGAUGGCACAGGAAAAAGGAAAAGUAGUUAAAGAAACCACAAUAUAGGUUUUCCACUGUGACUGGAAAACCAGCUCUUGGCUAGAGAGUCAUAUUUUGCAUGUCCAGGGGCAAGUCCACUCCACAACAAAGCACACAAGAUGAUUUUGGAAAAAUCCACAACUAUUUAUUGAUUAAAGCAGAUUGACAAAUGCACAGAUUCAGAUCUGGGCACUGACCAACCCACCUGUUGAUCCAUGAACCACCAUUCUGUCCCACUUGCCAGAAAGAGAAGUGAGGCAAGAAACAUCUGGGCUAGUAGUACUCACACCUUUUACUCUUGAGACCUCCCUUUACUGCUACAUGUGAAUAUUGCAAACCUCCCCAUUCAAAGCAGUACAUGAAUAAAAAUAUUUAAUUUAUUUAGUGUGCAUAAUUUCAUUUGCACAUUUGCGUAUAUUCAUGCUUUAAUAUUUUAUAAGGAAAUAAGAUCAUUCAAAUUCGUUUUUAGAUAGAUUCAAUGUUUAAUUCAACACCUGGGUAAAUGUUACAUAUAAAAAGUUUGGGAGGAGGAGUAGGAGGGAUCAGAGCCUCCAAGUGCACUUUACAGGGCACUUGAAACGAAGUCCAAGAUCCCAGCCCCAUACUAACCACCCCCGAAUUUGUAACAGGUCAUGAAAUGUUACACCAACAAUGACAAAAAUGUUUAUUAACACAUAAAAAUACCACUGAAGCCCUAAACUGAGGGCAGAGGGCAGGCUCUAUUCCAAACAGAACUACCAAGGAGGGAGGAGGCAAUGGCAGAUAAACCCCUGCACCCAACUGGAAUGAAAACUUUGUAUUCACUCUGGUCAGGUUCAUCAGCACCAGUUGUUGAAGAAUAUGAGUGGGAGGAUGGUAACUAUACAGACUUGUGGGAGAAAGAUACACCAACAGCUAUUGUAGUGAACUGCCAAGAUAUCCUUAAAAAGGCAUCUUAAACAUGGAAGCCUUUCUCCAGGCACAGCCAACAGUACACAUAUGCAACAACGUACAUACAGACCAAGACAGUGGAGUACUUGAUGCCAUCUGCACUGUACACCUUGUGUCUGAAUGUAUAAUGUUACAUGGAUGGGCAGGAAGGUCUCUUAGCUAAGAUCAUUGUCCUAAAGCAAAAGAAUGAUCACUUUUUUGGUUUUAUUAUGUCAUUUAUAAACUCUAUAAUUCUUUCUAUCAUUUUUUUUAGUGAUAGGAAUUAGGGUGCUGUAUGAAUUGCAGAUUUUCACAUUAAGGCGGCUGUAUCAAUCAUACAUGGCAAGUUUGACUGAAGAAAUGCAUGUAAGAACUGACGGAAGAUUCUGUUGAAACAACUGCAUAUUUUCCGAAGUGAUAGCAUCAAUUCUGUUUUUGAUCUCUUAUCAUCAUUCAAUUAGCAUGCUCCAUUUGGACAUUUAAUAUGGUGCACAUUGUGUAUACCACUUGACUGUACUUUUACUAUUCCAAAUAUCACUUUGUUAGUUACAUUUAAUUUGGAAAUGAUCAUGCUACAGAUACAUUGUUGGUGGUUUCUAGUAUAUUUUGCUGCCAGUUAUUGUUUACCUGAAUGCUACAUGAUUUGGAUACCACUGCACAUUGUAUUUAUUGUUAUAUGUUGCACUAAUAUAUUAGUCGGUUCUUGAA